AUGCGGGCGGAAGUUUCCGCGGCGGGCCUUUCUUGUGCCCACCUCGCGCCGCGGCGUACGAAAGGCACGACCCGCGCGGCCAAUCGAUUAUUACAAUCUGCGCGCUCGGGCGGCCGCCGGCUGUCUGCAGGCCGCUGGCGGACAUUCCCGUCACGAGCGCGCCUUCCCGCGAGAUUGAGAGGGAAGCCGGGCCAGCCAGCACAGAGCUGCGGCGCCGCGCUGCUGGCUCUGGAAAAUAGCUCCGCCAGAGGAAAUAGAGCCGCAGAUGGCUUCGUGCCGCAGUUCGCUCCCGGGACGCCGGGACAAUUCCCUGCCGCCAGUGUGUUUGCUGGGGACGUGCGGCCGCCCUGGGGUAGUCCCACUGCCGCCGCGGAGCCACGAUUGCCCCCAUAUAACCGCGGCGCGGCGCGCCGGCCCGCGCCAGUCGUAAAGACAACGACCGCCGCCCGCGCCGCCCCCGCCGCCCGCGCCGCCCCCGGGGGCUUGUUAUGGAGGGCGGCGCGGCGGCCGAUCUUGUUUCAUCUGUUGCUGCGCGUCAGUGGAGGAGGGCCCGGCGAGGAGUGGGUCGCAGCUGGCCGUGAAGAGGCGCUCGCUGCCGGAGUGGCUGUCGCCGCGGGGGCGACGGGGGGCGGCGGGGGCGGAGGCCGCUUCUUUUAUUUAUCGCCAAACGGGCAGGAGGCGGCGGGGGCGGCAGCGGCUGCGCGUGGCGCGGCAAUUCAAUUAAUGGAAUGUGCCGGCCUCUUGGAAUGA